UUGUUUGCUAUAAAUUACAUGUUGACUACAUUAUAUUACAGUAAAACAUAUAUGUGUAUAUGUAAUUUCAACUAUAAAGAUAAACAAAUAGAGAGUCUGUACGUAUGAUAUGGUUUAACUUCUUGUGUAUCUUAUUUGUGGAUUUAACUAACAAAGGUGUAAAACAUGACAGAAAGUUCUAUAGAUAUCCAAAGGUUGACGUUGGUAGGUAUAGGUGUAAUGGUAUCCUUCCUGAUGGUUAACUUUUUAUUUGGAAUGACUGUUGAUGUAACAUGGAUGACAAAGACAACAUCUCAGAAUUCUGAAGAAGACAACGUUAACAACAAAGUGCUCACUAUUCAAAUACCAAGGUACGGGGGUGAUUCAGCAGAAAAUACGAUAUAUUACCACGUGAGUGAAGACUUACGUUUUAAUAUCGUAAACACAAGUAACAUUAAAGAUAAGGAACGUUAUAUGUUAGAUCAAACAUUAUCAGAAAAACAAUGCGACAUACAAAUCCCAUCACAGAAAUUUGACUGUUUCCCUGAGAAGUCUGUUACUGAAGAGGGUUGUUUAGAUAGGGGAUGUUGUUGGCAAAAAGAUUUAAGCAGACGAUUACCCAUACAGUCAAUGAACGAAAAUGACACACAAUCACCUGUAGACGUACCAUACUGCUUCUAUCCCAGAAACUUUCCUGGAUAUUCUGUGGAUGAAAGAACAGAUACACCACUAGGAUUUAGUAUGAAACUUACAGGGAAACCUCCGACAUAUUAUCCUAAAGGUGUUACACAACUGGCUGUAGACGUUAGUUAUGAGACGGAUCAAAGGUUACAUGUCAAGGUUUAUGAUCCCAAUAACAAACGUUAUGAAGUUCCCAUAAGAGUUCCCCGACCUGACAAAAAAGCAACUGCUCCCAGCUAUGUAGUAAAUGUAAGUGAGACAGGAACACCUUUUUGGCUUAGUGUCACUAGACGAUCUGAUAACACUGUCAUAUUUUCAACAAAAGGAGCGGCACCAUUGAUUUUUACAGAUCAAUUUCUUCAACUAUCAUCUCUACUUCCCUCAUCAUAUAUUUAUGGUAUUGGUGAACAUAGAAAUAAUCUCAUGUUGAAUGUAAACUGGACUAGGAAAACACUGUGGAACAGGGACCAGUAUCCAAUUGAAAAUAGGAACAUGUAUGGAUCACAUCCUUACUAUCUAGUCAUGGAAGAAAGUGGAAAAGCAAAUGGUUUCUUUCUGUUGAACAGUAAUGGAAUGGAUGUGAUACUGCAGCCAUAUCCUGCUGUAACAUGGAGAACUAUCGGUGGUAUACUAGAUUUCUAUGUUAUUGUUGGUGAUAGGCCUGCUGAUGUCGUCAAAGAUUAUACAAAUAUAGUGGGUCGCACUUUCAUGCCGCCAUAUUGGAGUCUCGGAUUUCAUAUUUGUAAAUUUGGAUACAAGUCUGUGAAUGACACGAUGAUGGUUGUUAACAGAGUAGAAAGCGGAGAUUACACUCAUGAUACACAGUGGAACGACAUUGAUUAUGCUGUGGGACAGCUGGAUUUUACUACAGAUGUAGAAAGAUUUGGUGACCAAAGAGCCAUGAUAGAUGAACUCCAUAACCGAGGGAUGAAAUAUAUAAUAAUUACGGAUCCCGGUAUUAGCUAUACCCAACCAAGAGGAGCUUAUCGUCCGUACGACCUUGGAGUUGAGAUGGACAUUUUCAUAAAGAAUGAAUUGAACAAGCUUUUCGUUGGUCGGUUAUGGCCAGGACCCACGGUGUUUCCUGACUGGAGCAAUGAGAAAUCCCAGCUAUACUGGGCAACUGUGAUUGGAGAAUUUUGGAAAUACAUAGCUAUUGAUGGUUUGUGGAUUGAUAUGGAUGAACUUGGAACAUUUGCUGAUGGUUCUAUAAAUGGUUGUGAUACCAGCUCAGAAUUAAAUUCACCACCAUACUUACCUGGUAAAUAUAGCGAUUUAACGAUUGUUGACUUAAUGAACAGUAUGGAUCCUGAUCAGACUGCGCGGAUGCGCAGGCUGGUCUUGAUCCAUGCUGGUCGCAAACGCGGCUCAUAUUUCUUUUAUUCAGUUAUUCUCACGUUCAAUGUGGCCGGUAUACCGAUGGUUGGAGCUGACAUUUGCGGUUUCCAGCAUGAUACAACUUACGAACUGUGUUUGAGAUGGUAUCAACUCGGAGCAUUCUAUCCGUUUUCCCGUACUCACAGUGAUAGAAUAACGAUAUACCAGGAUCCGGGUGCGUUUGAUGAAUUUUUUGCUGUGAGUGUAAGGGAAGUUUAUAGGACAAGAUAUGCCUUACUGCCUUAUUUAUAUACAUUGUUUUAUGAAAGCCACACAUCAGGGACACCAGUUGCCAGGGCAAUGUUUUAUGAGUUUCCACAAAAUAAAGAGACAUAUCAGAUUGACUAUCAGUUUAUGUGGGGAUCUGCACUUCUCAUUGCUCCUGUUCUCAUAAAUGUAUCUAUUUUAUCCUACACUUUAUUACUCUUACUGACCUAUAUAUUAUAUCAAUCAAUCAUAUUAUUUUAUAACCUUUCUUAUACUUUGGUAAAAUAUAAGGUACUUAAUAAAUUAUUGUUGAAGAUUUGUUUAUGGUUUAAAGCAACUAACUAUGCAUUUUAUUUAUCCAUGCAGUUAUGCAGCCGAAAGAAUGACUUCUCUCUCUUGGUAUCAAUGGGAACCAAUGGUACAGCGUUCGGCUCUCUGUUUUGGGAUGAUGGAAUAACACAAGGUACACACUGA